CCCCUCCCCAGUGUCCCGCCUCCUCCUCCGCCUGCAGAGCAACAGACUGAGCGGCCUCUGCAAUGUCAGCUCCGCAGAAGCGGGGAACCUGCAGAGACAAGGCAGGGCGGGCGUAGUGCGGGGGCAGCUCCCCCAAAGCGCCCCCCCCCCCGUGCCAGGAGAAGGUAAACGGAGGGAAGGGGGAAGGACGGCUUGGGCUGCGAUCGGAGAUUCCCUACUCCCCUCACCCGCCUUCUCGCUGUAUUACUCCGUCAGCCCAAACUAGCCCCGUCGGCACACGCAGCGCCCCGAGCCUGGCUGGAGCGGAUUCCACAACAAAGAGCCGAGGCCAGGAGCUGCCCGGCUGCCGCCGCUGAGAGGGAAACGGGGAGGCAGAGGGGGAUACUCAGGAGCCGAACGGAUCCCGCCGUUCGCAGGGAGAAACCUGCAGCCGACAGAAUCGAGAGCGACGUUCACGCACCAGCUGGAGGAGGAGGAGGGAAAUCUGGUACCUCAGCAGGUCCAAGGCUAGCGAGGGAAGGGAGGGGGCGCGGGGAAGAAGCAGCGAAGGGUAAAUCCCGCGGGGAGAGCUCGUGGCUCGAUAUUAACUGCAGGUUAGUCGGUAAGCAGCCGGCCAUCUGCAGGAGAAGCACCUCUCCGGGUGUGUGUGUGUGGAGGGGGUGUCCCCCCUUUCGAGGGGGUUAUGGCCAUAGCAGUGGAGCUCUGGUGACUCCGGGAGCAGCUAUAGUGCUGCAAUGCUGCCAGCGGCAGCCCCGGUGAAAGGAGGCGUCUGAGUAGAAGCUGCAUCGCCUCUCCCCAUCGUCUCUCUGUCUCUCCCGCCCUCCCUGCUUCGGGCUCAGACGUUUCUGUCGCCCUCACUCACGCCAAGGAGCGCCCUGCUCUCUGCAGAGGGGCCACGCCGGGGCUCGCCAGGCAGCGACUACAACAGAAACCGCCAAACACAACAUGGCCACUCUGCUCCGGAAAAUCGGGCUCAUCCGGCUGCACAACAGGGACACGGAGGAUCCCAAGCACCAUCACCACCACCACCGCAGCAGCCAACAGGGCUCCUCGCUCCGAGCCAAGGGCAGCCAGAAGAACUGCAGCAACAAGCAGCAGGGCAGCGCCGGCUGCAGCAGCAGCAGCAGCCCCAGCAAGGAGGGCAGCCCAGCGGGCAACAAGGCCAAGAAAGUGCUGGAGCUCUCCAAGCAGCCGCCGCAGCAGCCUGGCUCAGGGAGCCACAAGGAGAAGCCCCCGCACCACAGCGCCAGGGAGUCCGGCUCGGGUAAGGAGCCCAAGCCGCAGCUGCUGCCGGGGGGGAGCAGCAGCGGCCGGGCCGGCUCUGCCCAGCUGGUGCCGCCCCCGUCGGGCUCUGCCCCGCUGGCGCCCCUGGGCAGGCAGCAGCACUGCACGCAGGUGCGGAGCCGGCGGCUGAUGAAGGAGCUGCAGGACAUCGCCCGGCUGAGCGACCGCUUCAUCUCGGUGGAGCUGGUGGACGAGAGCCUGUUCGACUGGAACGUGAAGCUGCACCAGGUGGACAAGGACUCGGUGCUGUGGCAGGACAUGAAGGAGACCAACACCGAGUUCAUCCUGCUCAACCUCACCUUCCCCGACAACUUCCCCUUCUCGCCACCCUUCAUGAGGGUGCUCAGCCCCCGCCUGGAAAAUGGCUACGUGCUGGACGGCGGGGCCAUCUGCAUGGAGCUGCUCACCCCUCGUGGCUGGUCCAGCGCCUACACCGUGGAGGCGGUCAUGAGGCAGUUCGCAGCCAGCCUGGUGAAGGGUCAGGGCCGUAUCUGCAGAAAAGCUGGCAAAUCAAAAAAGUCCUUCAGUCGUAAGGAAGCUGAAGCAACAUUUAAGAGUUUAGUGAAGACCCAUGAAAAAUAUGGGUGGGUCACUCCUCCCGUCUCUGAUGGCUGAUAUUUGCAACCUGCACAUCAAUGCUAAACAAAACAACAAAACCAAGUACUAUGCCAUCUCCUCAGUGCUGUACACCACCCAUCCUUUUCUACUUCAGCUUCUGUUAGAUACCAUGAAUGUCAAGGAGACUUUUAAAUAAUUUGAUCUGUUUACAGAGGGAGAGAAAACAAAUGCUGUUUAGGAUUAUGUUUUAAGACUGGUGAAUGGUCAUCUUUAAGUCACUUUAGAGCGGAUGUUAUGAUUGUGUCAUUUGUCCCAUGCAGGCCAUAUUGUCUUCAUCUUCUUUCCAUGACAGCAGCACCAGACAUCAGUACUGGAAAUUCCAUCCAUUACUGCUCAGUUCAUUUAAAUGUAAAUGAAGCAGUUAAUAUUUAAUAGGGAAGCAGUGCAUUGCAGGUACAUGUUUGCUGUGCUGUUUAUCUUUGUUUCCUAGCAGGUCAACAUAACUUGAAGAUGUGUCUUUAUGUGGAGCUGUGGUCUGCUGUGACUAAAUUUAGACCUCAUGUGUGCUCUAUAUAUGACCUUUAAUUCAUAAAAGCAGAAUUAUAACAAUGAAAGAUUCUGGUGUUAAAAAACUGUUAAAUGAAAUCACCCAAUUGGUCAAAUUGUACUAUCUAUGCUGGUAUUGUGGUAUGCUGUUGUUCAAAGAUAAGCCAGUGUGAUUAGAUCAGGUGAUCUUUCAGAUACCAGAUGCACCCACUAUAGGGCUCAAAGUAGUUGAUGGUAGAAUAGUUUUUAUCUUCCCAGUACAGUGCAGUACUCCAACAACAGCAUGUUUGCCUGUCAGCUUUUCAACGGCAAUACAAAAACCAAAAAGCAUAAAUGAACCUUUAAAACGUAUGAGUCAUUUUAAAAUGAUGUGCCAGUAACAAAGUAAAAGUCAGAUUUUUCAAAGAAAGUGGAACAAUUGGUUUGUAAGAUGAUUUGCAUGGUUGAAUUUUUUAUUUUUACUCAAUAGGCAUUGUAUGUACUUUGAGCCCAGUAUCUGAGAAAACCCACUGAUGUAUAUAAAUGUCCUGUUAUUUAAUCAUUAAGUUUUAAUUUUUCUCUUUUGUUCAAUAAUUUAAAAACUUUCUAAGACUCCAUGAAAUCUGGAGAUAAUGUUUAUAAUAAUAUAAUGAAAAAGCUUAAAAAUGUGGACUCCAAAUGGAAAAUCGUAUUGGACACAUUCUAAAUAAAAUCACCAGUACUGUUUCAUUGCCUCAAGAAUUCAAUCAUUUUAGGCUACUUUUGUUUUCAAAUUAUUAGAUGUAUUACUGUGAAACACUAGAAAUCUUAUUGAUAUAUUAUGCCUGCUUUGGCAGCAUUUUCAAUUGAAAGCAGGACAUUAUUGAUUGUAAAAUGCAGUCCAGAAAAAAAAAUAUAAUGUGUUUUUGGAGAACUCUCCAUUACAUGCUUAACACAAGAUUAGGCCAUUGCUUUUAAUCAAAAUGGCUGAACAGUCUCCAGUUACAUUUUAACAGCACUGAAGAAAUCUUUUAUUCUAACUAUUUAUGGUGCUUUGUGGGGUUUUGGCUUGAUUUAAAACUAAACAGAAUAGAAAAGAACAAAUGAAUUAACUACAAAUCAGAGUGUUGUAGGGCCAGUAUAGUACAGUACUUCUACAAGAGCAUGUUUGCCUGUCAUCUCUUAAUUGGAGAAGCAAAAAUGCAUUAAUCAACUUUAAAAGUAUCUGACUCAUUUUACAAAAGAAUUUCAUUGUGUUCCCUUCACCCCCUCCACCGCUGCACCAAUGCUGCCAGCCUCCAUUGCCCCCUUGUCCAGUUCUCCCAUAAGCAUCUUUGUGCUUUUUUCUGCCCCACAUCUUCUAUGCGGAACAUCCUCCCCCAAUUAUUCCAUAAAGCCAUUGCCCUCUCCUCCAAAUCUCUCUUCUGCAAGACCCACUUCUUCCAGCAUCCUAUGGGAAACUGACAGUUGGUAACACCUAAGUAGAUGGUAUGUAGGGACUUCUGAUUGUUUUGUUUUGUUUUUGUUUGUUUAUUUAUCUAUCUAUCUAUAUUUUGGCAAAAUGACAGCCUCAGAGCCAUUUAGUUGUUUACAUAGCUGGCCUAUGUUUUUAUUAUGGUUUCCCUCACCCUUCCUCCUUUGUUUGUUACAACCAUUUGGUAUGUCUUGCCUUAAGUAAGCACUAAUUACGGGCAGGACUGUCUCUUACUCCAUUUUGUAUACAGCCUGGCAAAACUUUAUCUGAUCCUGAUUUGUGACUUAGGGUGCUACCAUGAUACAAAUACGUAAAUGAGAAUUUCUCCCUCGGACCUAUGUAUCAUCUCCGUUCAGUGAUGAGUCACACACAGCAUUCAAGGGCAGAAUGUAGAGCUUAACAAAAUUUAUAGUCACCUAUUGGUUUGAUUUAUUUGUUUUUGUAAACUUGAUCUAUCUAUAUCUAUAUAUUGGUUUGUUUGUUUCCGUUGAGGAAAAAGAAGCUAGUAUAUUUUGUUAGGCAUCAAAUAACUUGUAACCUCCGCCGUGGUUACUAAGUGCUAGAAACAUUGAGCACUAAAAGGAGUGAGAGAUAUUUUCUUGCUAAUGGGUUAUUUCUGAAGAGCACUUACUUCACACAGCAUAUCAGAAUUCUGUUAAAAGCAAUGUAUAAUGCUGAGGUAAAUCCACUGGGGAAUGUUACUAUCUCUGUGAUUUAUUCUCUGUCCUUUUUUUUCCCUAUCAACUCAUUAUUUUAAACAUGAUAAAUGGUGACCAUUC